AUGCCGCAGCGUGGUGACGCCUGCAACUUUGCACCGAAGGAAGAUGAGUUCCCGAUCAACUCUGACGCGGUGUCCGAAUUCCUGCUUCGUCGACAAGCCAUCACACGAUUUGUAUGUGGUGCUCUACAGACAGCGGUCGACAAGCAGUAG